GGGGGCGUGGCACCCGGAAGCGGCCUCGGGAUCACCCGAUCGCCGCCGCCGCAGGCCGGCCGACCCCCGUGCCUCCGCUGGCUGCCACCCCCGCGCCCCCUGGGCCCCCGGCGCCGCCCGCCAUGGGCGAGGAAGACUACUACCUGGAGCUGUGCGAGCGGCCGGUGCACUUCGAGAAGGCGAACCACGUCAACUGCGUCUUCUUCGACGAGGCCAACAAACAGGUCUUUGCUGUGCGAUCUGGCGGAGCUACGGGGGUGGUGGUGAAAGGCCCGGAUGAUAGGAAUUCCAUCUCAUUCAGAAUGGAAGACAAAGGAGAAGUGAAAUGCAUUAAGUUUUCCCUAGAAAACAAGAUACUAGCUGUCCAGAGGACCUCAAAGGCUGUGGAGUUUUCUAAUUUUAUCCCAGACAGUUCUCAGUUAGAAUACACGCAGGAGUGCAAGACCAAGAAUGCCAGCAUACUCGGGUUCUGCUGGACCAGUUCCACGGAGAUCGUCUUCAUCACAGACCAGGGGGUGGAGUUCUACCAGGUGUUGCCGGAGAAGCGGAGCCUGAAGCUCCUGAAGAGCCAGAGCCUGAACGUGAACUGGUACCUGCACUGCCCCGAGAGUGCCGUCAUCCUGCUCUCCACCACCGUCCUGGGCAGCGUGCUGCAGCCCUUCCACUUCCGGGCUGGCACUAUGACAAAGCUGCCCAAGUUUGAGAUUGAGUUACCAGCGGCACCCAAGUCCACUAAAGUGAGCCUUUCUGAGAGAGACAUUGCCAUGGCAACCAUCUACGGGCAGCUGUACGUCCUCUUCCUGCGGCACCACGCGCGGGCCGCCAGCAGCGCGGGCGCCGAGGUGGUGCUGUAUCAUCUGCCCCGGGAAGGCGCCUGUAAGAAGACGCACAUCCUGAAGCUGGGCCGGACGGGGAAGUUCGCCCUCAACGUGGUGGACAACCUGGUGGUCGUGCACCAUCAGGACACGGAGACAUCAGUGAUAUUUGAUAUCAAGUUACGGGGAGAGUUUGACGGCACCGUUACCUUCCACCACCCCGUGCUUCCUGCCCGAUCCAUUCAGCCCUAUCAGAUCCCGGUGGCAGGUCCUGCUCCUGUGACCAGCCAGUCUCCGGUCCCGUGUAAGCUCUAUUCCUCGUCCUGGAUUGUCUUUCAGCCUGACAUCAUCAUCAGUGCUAGCCAAGGUUACCUCUGGAACCUGCAGGUGAAGCUGCAGCCCAUCGUCAACCUCCUGCCAGACAAAGGACGCCUGAUGGACUUCCUCCUCCAGAGAAAGGAGUGCAAGAGGGUCAUCCUGGCCGUCUGCUCCCAGAUGCUGAGUGGGCCCGACAGAGCGGCCUUGCCCGUGGUGGCCACCGUCUUCGACAAGCUCAACCAGGAGUGCAAGAGGUACCUGGACGCCGAGCAGAGCUACGCAGCGGCGGCGGAAGCUGGGCAGAGCCGGUGCAGUCCGCUCCUCCGCAGGCCCAUGCGGACCCAGGCCGUGAUCGACCAGUCCGACAUGUACACCCACGUGCUGUCAGCACUCACGGAGAAGAAGGAGACGCCACCGAAGUUUGUGGUCGCCGUGCUGAUGGAGUACAUUCGCUCUCUGAACCAGUUCCAGGUUCCAGUGCAGCACUACCUGCACGAACUCGUCAUCAAGACGCUGGUCCAGCACAACCUCUUCUACACGCUGCACCAGCUGCUGCAGUACCACGUGCUCAGCGACUCCAAGCCUCUGGCGUGUCUGCUGUUGUCCCUGGAGAGCUUCUACCCUCCUGCUCACCAGCUGUCGCUGGACAUGCUGAAGCGGCUCUCGACGGCGAACGAUGAGAUCGUGGAAGUCCUGCUGUCCAAGCACCAGGUGCUGGCCGCCUUGCGGUUCCUCCGGGGCGUGGGUGGCCACGACAGCGUCUCUGCACGCAAGUUCCUCGAUGCUGCAAAGCAGACCGAAGACCGCAUGCUCUUCUACACCAUCUUCCGCUUCUUCGAGCAGCGGAACCAGCGUUUACGGGGGAACCCCAGUUUCACACCAGGAGAACACUGCGAAGAACACGUGGCUUUUUUCAAACAGGUCUUUGGAGACCAAGCUCUUAUGAGGCCUACGACGUUCUGAAAUCACGCGCUAAUUUUUUAAUAUAUAAAAUGUAUAAAGUUAAUUUAUUGCAUUAAUAAAGCUCUUUAACCUACAAAAGACUAUAAUAAAGUACCUGCAACAUCCUCAA